AUGGCAGAAAAUCAAUUAUUACCAUCACCGGCAACAACAUUAGUUGUUGAAAAUUGGUGCAAGACAAGUUCAAGAGUCAUAAAAUUCAACUUUACAUGGACAAUAGAGAAUUUUAGCUUUAUCGAACACAAAACUGGAGAAACAAUCAGUUCUAGCUUAUUUUCUGCUGGUGACAAUCAUGAAUCCAAAUGGUUUCUGCAACUUUAUCCCAAAGGUGAAUGCGAAGAUAGCCAAGACUAUUUAGCAUUGUAUUUACAUCUCGGUUCAGGACCUCCUAAUAAAUUAAAAGUCUUAGCGAGAUUCAAUGGCCCAGGUGUUCGCAAUUUCUUACCCGUUAAAACUUGGGGUUAUAAGAAAUUCGCAAGCCGAGACUUCCUAUUAGAUCCAAAUAACGAAGUUCUAUCUGACGAUAAGUUGAUAAUUUUCUGUGAAGUCUUUGCUCUAUCCGAUCGUGAAAAUAUAUCUGGACAAAAGAGUAUCGAUCAAUUUGAAAUACCGAAAUGUAAGCUUGCUAGUGAUUUGAGUAAUCUUUUGGAGAAUAAGAAAUUCAGUGACGUCACAUUGGUGGUGGAUAAACAUGAAUUUUCAGCACAUAAAACAAUCUUGGCUGCACGAAGUGUUGUUUUCGCUGCAAUGUUUGACCAUGAAGAAAUGGAAGAACAAAAACUAAAUCGAGUUACUAUAACCGAUGUCGAUCAUGAGGUUCUUCAAGAGAUGCUGUAUUUCAUAUAUACAGGAAUUGCCCCAAAUUUAAAGGAAUUAGCAGCUGAUCUGAUGGUUGCUGCUGACAAAUAUGAUUUGGAACAAUUAAAAGUACUAUGUGCAGAAGCUUUGUUUUCGAAAUUAAAAGUUGAAACUACGGCUGAAACUUUACUUUUAGCCGAUAUGCAUUGUGCAGAUGAAUUAAAAGAAAAAACUAUCGAUUUUUUUAAAAGUCAUGCCAAGGAAGUAAUAAAAACAAUUGAGUGGAAAAAUUUGGCAAAAACUAAUCCAAAUUUAUUAGUUGAGGCGUUGGAAGCCAUGGUCAUACAGAAUGAUAUCGACAAUUUGCAAUUCUGCAAGCAUGAGAAAGAAGAACCUUCAAAUUCAUAAAUUUUAAUUAAGAUAAUAAACAUAUGUAUUUUAAAUUUUUUUUUUUGACAAAAUGAAUAUUAUCAAAGGACGCAUUAUUUUGAUGAGAAAACUACUCAAAAGAUCAUUUGAAGACAAAAAAAAACCAAAACAACAUUUCGAUUUGUCAAAGUGAUAUUAUUUCAGUUUCGAUAACCAUUUUUUUUGUUCCAGUUUCAUAACUUUUCAAAACAUUGUUAAAAAAUCAGAGAAAAAAAAAUUGUUUUAUUUAUUCAGAUGUAUUUUAAUAAAACAAAGAUUGUAUCAAUUUAAA